AUGGCCACCCAUGAUCUUACCGCGGCUCCAAAGCCGAUGACCAGCGAUCAUUUUGAAAGGACAAUCUUCCGCCGUGCACCCAAGCGGUUUGAGAUCGAGUUCUUACCGCCUAGCAAGACCUCGACCUCUUAUCAACACGGGAUGCGCAUUACCCCCAUCUUCAGAUCCGACCGCUCCUCAGCUUCCUCCUCCCGGGGAUCCGAAUCCUGCAUAGACCGCCAGUACGAGAUCUGGCGGCGCUGGGAGGACUGUCUAUGGCUUCAAGAUACCUUGGAGGUGGAAUACACUCGCGCAGCUCGAGAGAAGAAGAUGCGACUCGCCCAGGGCAAGGGCGUGAAGAUGUUCAACGGGAUGUACAAGCAAGACAUGGCUUCAUCUUGGGAGUCUCUUCCCCCUGGUCCAGCGCCCGAAACAGUCCAGCUUGACGUCCACAAGUACCUCCCUUAUCUCACUAAGAAGGGUACCUUCUUCCGACCCAAACCGGCGUUGGUGGAGAAGCGACAGAUGGAGCUUCAGACGCUCAUCGAGACGCUGAUGGGCGAGGGUAUGCCGGCGCUCAUUAAGGAGAUCAGAGCCAGCCGCAUUGUCACGGACUUCUUCGCAUUCUGGAGGCGCGACCUCGAACAAGAAGAAAAGCGUGCCAAGAAAAAUCCCGCCUACCGAAGCUCCAUCACUAGCAGUGUCUUCUCAGUUUACUUCGCAUCCUCCUCGCCCACUUCUAUCUCCCCAUCCUCAGCCUCGACUCGCACUGGCACAUCACCUAGCAGGCGCUCUCCUUCCAGACGAUCCGAUGCAAUGUCAGAUGCCUCUUCUACCCUUUUCAGUUUCAGAACCCGUCGAUCCAGCACCGACACAUUGGAAGCGCCACCGUCACCUGUCUCUCAAAUGCCCCGCGCCCGCACCGACUCCUCCGGCUCUUCAUCUUCAGAAGAAGUGCCCUCGGAUAGUUCGUACACCGCUAAUUCAUCCGCUCCCCGAAUCAUGGCUGAAGAGCGCACAGUCAACUUUAACCAUAAUCCAGCCCAGGGUGCCUCAGACUAUUCCCCCAUCGAACCGAUCCCGGAGGAACAGGAGAUCUACCUUAAGGCGCCAGUCCUGGAUGGUCAUAGACCCGUUCAGCUUCGCAGAAGACACCGGUCCACCGAAGACCGCAAGUCGAAUCGCAACUGGUCUGUAUAUGCGUCCCCUGUCGCAAACAACUUUGGGGACGAGCCAGACAGCCCUUGUACUCGUGACGACAGCACCAUUGGCAGGAAUUCAUGGCAAAGUUCUUCUUCGGCCGCCUCUGCCGAUACUUAUCUGGAAGGCCUCCCCUUCACCUUGCCUCAACUUUCGUUGGAAGACCGCCAAUCCUUGGCCAGCGUUUCAACCUGGAUGACAACUGAUUCAGCGAACGCGGUCAUCCCAAGGGAGCCGGCUUCUCCUGCUGACAGCUCCUUUAAUCAGAACAGGACGUCAAUCCCGAUCUCACUCUCCGACUUUGAGAUCGUGGCAGACUCGCCUGAUGAGAGAUUUUCCACCUUGGACGCGUUCCCUCGCCCUCUCUCAUACGACCCUGAGAUGGAUACUAUUCCCGAGCGCCCUGAUACUCCAAAGGCUCAUGACAGCAUGAUCGAGUCAGUUCGGUCGAACAACCAUUCUCCAAGGCCCACGACUGCUCGCAAGGACGGUCGCCAACUCCCACCCAUCAUCACCAACCGAAUGGGUCCCCAACCUUCCACCGACCUGGAGGUGUUCCCCACCAUGCCCCCCUCUCCCACGCUCUCAGCCUACUCCAGCACAUACACGAUCUCCACGAUCUCCUCUGACACCUCUUCGACGCCCACUGUCUCCUCUGCCUCAACGAUUACUACCUUGUCCACACCUGCUACCACCCCCUCCACCGGUCUCGCCGACUCUCCCUCCCAACAAACCCAAAAAGACAGCAAAGUCGGAAACAUCUCCAUCAAAGCCUUGCAUAACGGCUCUAUCAUCAUGCUCAGAGUCCAGCGCGACAUGUCUUUCUCAGACGUUCGACAAAGACUCUACAACAAGUUUGUCGGCCAGGAGGGUGUGCCGCUCGCCCAGGACUUUUUGGUCAACUACAAACCGGAUGGGUCGAGCCAGGAUUAUCCCAUUUCGUCAGAGGACGAUUGGAGGGAUAUCGCUGAGGUUUUCGAUGGCGGAAAGCUUAGCCUCCGGAUCGUCAACCCGUCGUAGUGGUUGACUUACUGCCGUUAUCGGUUCUGUGAACCACCCAUCAACCCGUUCCUUACUACGCUCCUUGUCCCGUUUUCCUUCUUCCUCUCCACCUCCCUAUCCUCAAUCGACCUAUCCACUCUUUUGCGAUAUCUCAUUUUUCACUUCCCCUCCUCUGGCAUCAUGCACAUCUCUUCCUCUCAAUCAUCCUUCAAACACUCACCCCCCACCCUGUCUUAUUCUGAUUUAUUGACUGACCUU